UUACUCUUUGGUCAUUCGUCAUCGUUGUUUACCAUUGCUUUAUUAGUUAACUAUUGAAUUGUGUUUUAAGUUUUAAACAAAAUCCGUGCUCUUUUUGCUAAUUCAGAGGAUUCAUACCAUUACAUAUUUUAUCGAUUGGAAUGAGUUUCAGCCAAUAGAUGUACAGUGCUGGGCAUAGGUAUCCACCAUAAUCUGCCACUUGGUCUGUGGGUCCCUCGUCCAGUGGACUAAGCUCUUCCAAAUAAACAUAAAAAAGGCAUUACAACUAGUGAUUACAUGUAUUACCUCUUGGAAUUAUUUUUUACAUUAACUGUUUCCAGUUAAGUCAGCAAUGGCUGGAGAAGAAGUAUCACUUAGACUGGAAAUGGGAAGAUUAGAAAUUGAACCAACAAAACUUAAUAAGCAAAUGCAGGAUAAAAAUCCUUUUACUCACAUUUCACUAGAAAAGAAAUGGCCUGCUGCAAAAUUGUGUGUCCAAAACUAUAAAUGUGCUUGUUCACCUCACAAAAAGAAUAAAACUGCUAAAAUCAGCAAAAACAAAAAUCAUACUAUCUUACGUGAACCAGUUUUAAAGCUAUCAAAACAUUUUGAGAAAAAUCAAUUAAUAAAUGGGGGAUUAUUGAAUCAUUGUAAAUUAACAAUUCAUAAAUUGAACACAGUCAAUUUAAGCUUAAAAACACUUGUGGAUAAUUGUAACCAGUUGAGUUUAUGUUCAGAUAACAAUGAAACCACCAUUGUUAGAACAGAGCCAUAUGAGAAAGCCAAAUGGUGGAAGAAUGAAGUAUCAAAUGAUAAAGCUAGCAAAGAGUCAAGUCCAGAGCUGAGCCAAGCUGGUUCCUGCUCUCAACAAGCUCUCAACCCACCCUGCGAUGUGACAAUUGAUGAACUGGCCAGUUACUUUGAAACUCUUGUCCAUAUACCUAAGAAAAUGUCAUCAAUGGCUGAAAUGAUGUAUAUUUAAACUGUUUAUAUAAAUAUUUUAUUGUAAAAUUUCUUAUUAAAGUUAAAUCUACAA